UUUUCUUUUUUUUUUUGCGGUGCCAGAAUAGAACACCCUCUCCUCUACAUUUAACCAGAAAUCUCCUUCCUUGUUUCCAAAAUGCUGCGAUACUGGGGAGAGAUACCAGUCUCCUCGAGCCAGACCAACAGAAGUUCUUUUGAUUUGCUCCCAAGGGAGUUACGCCUGGUGGAGGUGCACGACCCGCCCCUGCACCAACCGUCCGCCAACAAGCCCAAGCCGCCCACGAUGCUGGACAUCCCGUCCGAGCCGUGCAGCCUCACCAUCCACACCAUCCAGCUCAUCCAGCACAACCGGCGCCUGCGCAGCCUCAUCGCCACCGCGCAGGCGCAGAGUCAGCAGCAGGCGGAGGGCGUGAAGGCGGAGGAGAGCGAGCCUCUCCCCUCCUGUCCUGGCUCACCGCCUCUUCCCGACGACCUCCUGCCUUUAGACUGUAAGAAUCCCAACGCCCCGUUCCAGAUUCGCCAUAGUGACCCCGAGAGUGACUUUUAUCGCGGGAAAGGCGAGCCCGUGACUGAGCUCAGCUGGCACUCCUGCCGGCAGCUCCUCUGCCAGGCGGUGGCCACAGUCCUGGCCCACGCGGGCUUCGAGUGCGCCAACGAAAGCGUCCUGGAGACCCUCACCGACGUGGCGCACGAGUACUGCCUGAAGUUCACCAAGCUGCUGCGCUUCGCUGUGGACCGGGAGGCCCGGCUGGGGCAGACGCCCUUCCCGGAUGUCAUCGAGCAGGUCUUUCACGAAGUGGGCAUCGGCAGCGUGCUCUCCCUGCAGAAGUUCUGGCAGCACCGCAUCAAGGACUAUCACGGCUACAUGCUGCAGAUUAGCAAGCAACUCUCGGAAGAGUACGAAAGGAUUGUCAACCCGGAGAAGACCACCGAGGACACUAAGCCUGUGAAGAUCAAGGAGGAGCCUGUGAGUGACAUCCCCUUUCCUGUCAGCGAGGACGUGGAGGCUGACCUGGCCCCUGGGGACCAGUCUCUGCCCAUGGGGGUGCUGGGCGCUCCGAGCGAGCGCUUCCCUUCUAACCUGGAGGUGGAGGCUUCGCCUCAGGCUUCAGGUACAGAGGUGAACGCGUCCCCUCUUUGGAAUUUGGCACAUGUGAAAAUGGAGCCCCAGGAAAGUGAAGAAGGCGCCGUCUCUGGGCACGGCGUGCUGGGCAGCGACGUCUUUGAGGAACCCAUGUCGGGUAUGAGCGAAGCGGGAAUCCCCCCCAGCCCCGAUGACUCCGACAGCAGCUACGGCUCCCACUCCACCGACAGCCUCAUGGGCUCCUCCCCGGUGUUCAACCAGCGCUGCAAGAAACGGAUGAGGAAAAUAUGAGAAACAAAUUCUCUGCUCAGACCUACAAGCCGGACAGAAAACUGGGAUUUGUCCCCAGAAAGAGACACUUGACUCAAACACUGGGAUUUCCUGAUUUCAGCGGAACUUGAUUUUAUCAAACACACACGUGUCUGCUUUUCACUUUUGCAUUUUUUAGAUGCCCACAACCACCCCAUCACGGGUAGGUGGUGCUGCUGGCAUGGUCGUUGGGAGACCACAGACCCGUUCCCCACUGUUGUCUUGACUGUGACUAGACGUUCCUUAGCGUCUCUCGAGCCAUUUCUCUUGUUGACUGAGACCCUGCAGGGUUUGGGAAGACUGAUAACGUCAUAAAAACCAUAUGAUGAUUUUGA